UUUUUUUUUUUGGUCUCCCCCGCUCCCCCUCCCCAGCCCUGGCUCCUUUCAAUCAUCGUCUUCCUUCUUCAUCACACUUCAUCAUUCUUCUCCAUUCAUUCCUCAUCCUUCCUCAUCCUUCAUUCAUCCCUGUUCGCUAUUACUGUCAUUACAUCACGCCUCUUUACGUCUCCACGCCUUCCCACUGCUUCACGCUCCACCCUUCGCUUCCUACUCCCCCUCCUCUGCAUCAUCUUAAUCAUCUUCCAACUCCAUCCCCUUCCCUCCCCUCCCCACCUGAAUACUACUCUACAUACUCUUCUUUCCAUAAUCCUACAAGCAUACUCCAGCCCUAUCACCCCAUUCUUCAGCUACCCCUGCCCAUCCUCGCUUGCCGACAUAGACCCAAUCCUUCUGUCCAAUCGAACACUCCACUUGAACACCCGCAUCCAUCCCUAUAACAUACAUCCCAUACAGCACAUUCAAUGGGAAGCAGUCAGUCAUCAUUGCCGGGGCGCCUGCAAAAGAAGCCAAAGAUGACCCAGCAGGAACUCCAGCGACAGUACCAGAGGAACCUGAGCGAGCAACAGCUGGCAGAACAUUUUUCUGCCCGACAGGCACUCGAGAGCAACACCUUCACACGCGGCCCCCAAGAUUUCAAGCAGAUCCCCGGUAUCAAUGGACACGCCCCCUCAGUCAUCGCUUCAACUGCCAACAACGAGAGCUUCUACCACCAACGGGCCACCACCACUGUCCAUUCAGCAUCCAAUGGCAAGAACGGCCGCCAGAACUACCGUUGGUUUGACGGAAGACGCUACCACAACACCGAAGGCGCCGUCUACAUGCUUCCCAACGAUAUCGAUGAGAUGGACAGACUUCACCUGCAGCACUAUGUCAUUCGCCAUGCGUUCGGUGGCAAUACCCGCGCAAAAUUCGACGGCAAGAUCCACAAAGAUGUCCUAGAUGUCGGUUGUGGUCCGGGCACAUGGAUCCUUGAAAUGUCGACAGAGUACACAGAAACAAAUUUCACUGGAAUCGAUAUAUCAGCCGUAUGGCCCACAGAAAUCCGGCCCCGCAACUGCCGGUUUCAGGUCGUCAAUGCUCUUCAGGGUCUGCCCUUCGAGGACAACACCUUUGAUUUUGUCUACCAGCGAUUCAUGAUUUUCGCCUACCCUGCCAAGGACUGGCCCUUCAUCAUCCAGGAACUUGUCCGCGUCACCAAACCCGGUGGAACCGUCGAGCUCACAGAGAUCCCAAUCCUAUCGAACGCCAAUGGACCUGAACUCGCCAAGAUUCUGGAAGUGCUCGAACAGUUCUGCAUCUCAAAGGGAUUUGACACCAAGGUCGCCAAGAAAAUGGAUAUCCUGCUCCGUGACGCUGGUCUUGAUGAGGUCAAAGCCUGUCAUGCAUCAAUUCCCAUAGGCGCCUGGGGAGCCAAGGUCGGCCAGUUGAUGAGGGAAAACUCUGCAGGACUCUGGUCGAGUUUGAGGGGCUGGAUCAAGGAAUCGACAGGAAUGAACGACGCACAGUACGAGGCCAUGGUUAAGAGGGUCUUUAUCGAAUACGAGACACACAAGUGCUAUGCCAAUUGCUAUUGUGCUUGGGGUGUCAAACCCCAGCCCAGCGAACAGCAGACAGCAACACAAGCAGCCCUGACAACACCAACCUCAGCGUCCGAGUCCUCUCAUCCAGCAUCUUUAAUAUCAUCACAGGCAGAUAUCGGUCUAUCAUUGCCGACUGUGAAUCAUGCAGCGGUAGUGUAGCACGCCCUCUAGACAAUUUGAUUAUAGGCAUUAAGAUACGAAGACAGAAAAGAAAGAAGAAAACAUACUUUACUGUUUACCUGCUAUCGUAGCUACUAUUGCAGGUUAUGCGUUUGUCAACAGAUAGCGGUGUGGUUCAGAAUGAACCGAAAUGGCCCAUGUAUCGGUGUAGAAGAAAGAGUAACG